GCUGAACCCUAAGUGGCAACCAGACCUCUCAGCGAGUUAAUCACAGCAUUCAGUCGCAAUGUCAACAGUUUCCAUCAAGGUUUCGCAUGCAGGGAAGAAGUACGACGUGGACGUCGACCUCGGGGAGCCUGGAGCAGUCUUCAAGUCCCAGCUUUACAGCCUAACUGGUGUGGAGCCGACUCGGCAGAAGGUCUUGGUCAAAGGUGGUCAAUUGAAGGAUGACACGGACAUGAAGAAGCUAGGAUUGAAGCCCGGGCAAACUCUCAUGAUGAUGGGAACGGCAGGAGAGCUCCCGAAGGCCCCGGUGCAGAAGGCGGUAUUCUUGGAGGACAUGACUGACAGCCAGUUGGCGGAGGUUUUGAAGACCCCGGCUGGUCUGCAGAACCUCGGAAACACUUGCUAUAUGAAUUCCACCCUACAGGCAUUCCGAGCAAUCCCUGAGCUCCAAGCUGAGCUUAACGAAUUUGUUCCUCAAUCCAACAAUAACGAUAUGCUCGCUUCUACACGUUCUCGUCUGACCGCCUCUCUUCGCGACCUUUACAAGAACAUGUCUCAGACUACCGAAGGUCUUCCGCCCAUGCUCUUCUUGAGCGUUCUCCGGCAGGUCUUCCCGCAAUUCGCUCAGAAGACCAACGAGGGACAUUACAUGCAGCAAGAUGCCGAAGAGUGCUGGUCGCAGGUGUUGCAGACGUUGCGCCAGGAUCUGAAGAAGGAGGGACACUCGAGCUUCGUGGACAAGUACAUGGCGGCACAGACAUCAAGCAAGUUGAUAUGUGAUGAGAAUUCCGAGGAGCAGCCAGUUGAAAGCAGUGACGAGGUUGUCAAGCUUGAUUGUCACAUCUCUGGCACCACCAACUUUAUGCGAGAUGGUAUCUUCGACGGGUUGACCGAGAAGAUCGAGAAGACGUCGGAGGCUCUGGGACGUAACGCACAAUACACCAAAACGUCAAGGCUCAGCAGAUUGCCCAAGUACUUGACUGUUCAUCUCGUCAGAUUCUACUGGCGUCGGGAUAUUAGCAAGAAGACUAAGAUCAUGCGAAAGGUCACCUUCCCUUUCGAACUGGACGCAACAGAAUUCUGUACGGAAGAGUUGCAGAAAUCCUUGAUUCCUGUGCGUGAUGCUAUGCGAGAGAUCACGAAGGCUCAGGAAGACAAGGAGAGGGCAGCGAAGCGGGCAAAGAUUCAGAAGGAGAUGGACCAGGCGGAGAAUAAAGGCGAGGCCGUAGCGAUGGAUGUGGACGAACCCAAGUCUGAAGGUGCGGAUCCCGUUGAGGAGAUUUACAAGGCUAUCGACCCUAAACUCUUGGAGGAUGAAGGUGCCAACGCUACGGGUUUGUAUGACUUGUUCGCUGUCAUGACCCAUACUGGUGCAUCCGCGAACUCUGGUCAUUGGAUGUCGUGGGUGAAGCAGGAGAAUGGUGAUGAGUGGUACAAGUUCAACGACGACAAAGUCACUACCGUGCCGAAGAGCAGGAUUGAGCAGCUUGCCGGUGGUGGUGAAGCUGAUUCCGCUUACAUUCUCUUGUACAAAGCUCGCGAGCUGCCGCCCAAAAAGGAGUAGAUGAUAACAGAUGGUACGAUAUCUAGGAUACCGCAUAUGCAUUGGUGAAUGAACAAUUGUUGAUCUAGAUUUUGUCCAUUGGGUAUAUGUUUUUGUGUAAUCACUGGUUGGAAGCCACGAACUCGGUCUCCAAUCGCUUCACCU